UCCUUUUGCCUAUCCUUGUCCCUUAUUGCCUUAAGAGUAUAAAACUUUCAACAAUGGCCCGUCAAGUUACGAAGCUUGGUUAUUUGGACAUCAAAAAAACUCUUUUUAUGCUGUGUGAUCUGCAGGACAAAUUCCGACCGGGUAUGAAAAUGUUCGACCCUGUUGUUAAAAAUACCAGCAAAUUGCUUCAAGCUGGUAAAUUGAUGGACGUACCACUUAUUGUGACUGAACAUUAUCCGGAGAAAUUGGGUAAAAUCGACAAGGAUUUGGACAUCAGGCACGCAAAAGGCAUUUUCCCUAAGACUCUUUUCAGCAUGAUGAUACCCGAAGUUCAGAAUAAAAUAAAAGAACUAUUCCCCAAUAACUUGGAAACCGUCGUCCUCUUUGGAUUAGAAUCGCACAUUUGUCUGGAACAAACCGCAAUGGACCUACUGAACAAUGGAUACACUGUACAUGUUGCAGCAGACUGCUCGUUGUCCCGGACUCAGGAAGAUCGCAAGCUAGCACUGGAAAGACUGCAGCAAUAUGGAUGCUUUGUGACCACGAGUGAAAAUAUAAUUUUCAAGCUCAUGAAGGAUAAAAAACACCCAGCAUUUGAUAAGGUUAAAGGAUUAGUGCGUGACCCAUCUGUAGACACUGGAUUGUCUAAGCUCUAAAUGUAGCAGAAAUCAAAUUUCAGUUGAUCAGGGUAUCUAAUUGUGCAUUUAAAUUAUGUUUGGCUGC